AAGAGAAGAAGCUUUAUAAAAUGGCUCAAACCAGCUUGCUGCAGGGAAAGCAGUUUUACUGUAGGGAGUGGGUUUUCCACAAGCUUCAGCACUGCCUCCAGGAGAAAGCUAACUGCAGCAGUAGUGCUGCCAACAAACCAUCUCUUGUAGCAAAUUCUGGGAAUAAUACCGGUUUUGUCUCUGGGAAAGGAGCUGCCUGGGGUGUAUUGUUGGUAGGAGGGCCUGGUAGCGGGAAGACAGCCCUCUGUACUGAGUUACUGUGGCCAAGCUCACCUGCAAACCUGCAAAGAGGCUUACAUCGUCAAGCUCUAGCCUUCCAUUUCUGCAGGGCCCAAGACUCUGACACGCUCUGUGUUGGAGGGUUCAUUAGAGGUUUAGUUGCACAAAUCUGCCGCAGUGGACUGAUCCAGGGAUAUGAGGACAAACUAAGAGAUCCUGCCAUUCAAAGUCUCUUACAACCGGGGGAAUGUGAGAGGAACCCUGCUGAAGCAUUUAAAAGGUAAAAACAAACAAGAAAACCCUACCCAAAGUAAAACCCAAAUAAAAAGCAAUACUGUUUUCUAUUUAGGUUUUGCUUCCAAAGAGUCUACGAUAUAGAUGGUUUAAAACAUGGUUGUCUCUUGGCUUGUUAUCUCUAUGAACUACUCUCAGAGCUUUCACACCCACUGUGGAAAAAAUGAAGUUUGUCCUUAUAGCUGACAUAAAUAAAUGUUUGCUUUUUAAACAAAA